UGGGUGUGCCCCUAACAUUUCUAAAACCCAAACCCCAGAAACCCUACUCUCCAAAACCCCGGCAACAAUUUUUCCCCCUUUCAUCUAUCCUCGGUUUGACGAUUUCGAAGAACAAAAGCGCGGGAUCCCGAAAUAAAACCCUAAACCCCAUCGUCGAUGGCGAGCGCUGCGGCCGCCAUAGAUCGAGCAGCGAGCUCGAUGACCAUCGACGAGUCUCUCUGGUGGGAUUCCUUCGUCUCUCUCUUUGAAGAGCUCGACGCCGUACCCCUUCCCUCGGAUUUCCCAGAUCACCUGGUGAAGAAAGUGAAGAGCAAUCGUGGUUGGUUCCUGGAUUCGGUUACUCGGUUCAGGAGCCCAAAUCAGGCUUCGAAGCUUGCUUUGGAUUCCCCUAAAGUGUCGAUUGGAUCUCUUAAGUUGGUUGUGAAGCCAGAGCUGAAAGAGGCAGCACUUCGAGUUAGCUCGUGCUUGUGCUUGGAUGAGGUGCAAUCAUACAUUCUCGUCAAUAGGUUUUGUGAGCUUAAUGAUUCUGUUGCUGAUUUUGAGAGCCCAGACUUUCUGCAUCUGGUACUUCUUCAGUAUUAUUAUGAAAGGCAGUGUUUGUUGAAGUGCAUCAGAUGUAUAUUUGUGCGUGCUUUAUGCUUGAGCAAUGAAUCUCAUGCAAGCGAUCCCCUUGUUCCAGAGGCUAAGCAUUUGGUUCGUGAUGGCCUGGAGAGUAGCCUGCUGUCUGUUCUUACUGACCUACUAUCAUCUGCAACUUCCGAAAAAUGUGAAGUUGAUUUUACUGUUCUUUGGCUGGAAGAAUCUGUCAUUGAAGAUAACUUGAUCUUGGACACUUUGUUCCUUGUUUAUUAUGAUAAUUUUUGUAGUUGCAGUUGUGAACAAUGGAAAAGGCUAUGCUCAGUUUUUAGGGACAUGUUAAGCGGCAAUUUUAGUAUUGGAAAAUUAGUUGUUUCACUUGAAGCUAGGAAUUCACUUGGUCAUGCAAAAUCCCAGUUGCUUCUUAUUCUUAUUGAAACCUUGGAUUUGGAAAAUCUUCUGCGGAUGGUUCAUGAUGAAGUUCCUUUUAGCCAAUUUUGUUCUAUAUUAUCACUAUCAGAUGUUCUAGAGAUGGAUCUUCUUGUUUCAAGUUUUUCUGACUUGGGUGCAAAAGAAGCUGGUCCUCUACUUCUUGUGUGGGCAGUCUUUGUUUGUCUUCUUUUGUCACUUCCUGGAAGGACAGAGAAUAAUGUGCUUAUGGAGAUUGAUCAUAUUGCAUAUCUCCGCCAAGCCUUUGAGGCUGCAGCAUUUAGUCACAUACUCGACAUUGUUCGUGGUGAUGCAUUAAGGGACUCGGAUGGCCCUAUUUCUGGUUAUUUGAGCGUCUUGAGAACAGUCGUGUCAGCAUUUAUUGCGUCCUACGAGCUUAAUCAUCAGGCAGAGGGCACGCUAAACAUAAUUUUGGAUAUUCUUUCGGAAAUAUAUCACGGGGAGGAUUCACUUUCCAUGCAAUUUUGGGACAGAGAUAGUUUUGUUGAUGGACCCAUUCGCUCUCUUCUUUAUAUGCUAGAGAGAGAAUACCCUCUUCAUACUGUUAAACUUGUUUGCUUGCUGUCAGCCCUUUGCAGUGGAACAUGGUCCUCAGAAUGUGUAUACAACUUCUUAGAGAAAAUGAGUGGUAUAACAUUACUGUCUGAGAUAACUGAUGGGUCCCAAGUUGUUGACUCCUGCAAUAUCAUUUUAGCUCCAAAUCAGUUAGAUAUUCCUUCAAUUGAAGGUCUUGUUAUCCCUAAAGGGACCUAUGGUCAGAUUUUGAAAGUUAUCGGUGCAAACACUGCUCUUGUUCGUUGGGAGUUUGCACAUUCAGGACUUUUUCUUCUGUUAUUGCGUCUGACUCAAGGGUCCAACUCAUGUAGUUAUGAAGAAAUUUCUGCUAUUCUUGAAUUGCUUGAUCGAAUGCUUUCAUCUAAUGUGGCUUUGUCUUUCAAGCUGUUGUGUUUCAAUAAAUCAGUACCUGUUGAUGCCAUUCAGAAUAAUGGAAUGAAUAAAAUGGAUGUGCGGAUUGAUCUGGUUAAAACAAUUUGCACUGUGGCCUUGAAUUUCAUCCAAUAUGUUUCUGAUUCACACGUUGUGUCCACCUGUAUCCAUAUAUUGGCAGAAAUUUUAAAGUGUGCGCCUUGUCAUGUUACUGAAGUGGUGUCAAGGUCAAAUAUUUUUGGAACUACAAAUUUCGAUUCAUCAAGUACUACAUGGUUGCUUUCUGGAGGACUUGCUCGGGCACUCACCGCUGAUAAUGAGGGAAACAGUGAUUCUCCUGAGUUGACAAUUUCAGUGCUGAAUUUUACCAUUCAGCUUGUGGAAAAAGGUGGGGAUGACAACUUGGCUUCUGCUCUGGUGGUAUUUUCUCUUCAGUAUGUCCUAGUUAACCAUAUGCACUGGAAAUACAAGUCGAAAUGUGCUCGCUGGAAAGUUACUCUGAAGGCAUUAGAUGUUAUGAAGAGCUGUAUUGAAGUAGUUAAGGUUGAUCGGAAGCUUGGCUCAACUAUCCGCGACAUUUUAUUCUUUGAUUCGUCAAUUCACAAUAUUCUUUGUCAGAUUAUCUCUGUGUCACCUACAGAAUUGGAGAAAUCAAAUAUCAGUCGCCAUUAUGAACUGAAGGAGAUUGAAAGCUUGCAGCUUGCUAUUUGUUAUGGGUUGGAUAUUGUUUACAGUUUGCUAGCUGACUUCUUGAAGUGCGAGAAGUUUCAGGAAACAUUUUCGAAGGCACCAGUCUUUAUCCAAACAAUGCUGUCAUCUACAAGCAAGCAAAUUCCUAUAGUUGAAGCAGCAGCAACAUGGAUAAAUUUCGUCCACAAUUCUGAAAUUCAAAUGGCUGCUGCUAGAGUUUUCUCAAAGCUAUGUGUUAUUGCAUCAAUUGUCCAACCAUAUAAAAUUGAAAAUGUUACCCUUGUUGUUGACGCCAUACAGAUUAAAGAGUUGCACAAAACCAUCCUCCACAUUUUCAUUGAGGAACUGGACAAAAACGAAUAUUUGCUCACAAGUAUGCUUGAGCUUCUGACUUCUGCUGCUCGGUAUCAGCCAACUAUUCUUGUUUCCUUGAUGUUGAUUGAGGAGGAUAUGAAGGCAACAACUACUAGUUCUGACAAUACAAAACAGCAGAUCUCAUUGGUGCCUUCCGUUAAGUCUGAACUCAUCAAUGCAGAAAGCAUUCUUGACUUGAUCUUAAAGUUUGUCAAGAGGUUUGAGAUUCUUUUCGAGAGUUCUCCUCAAUUGUUAUUGAGUAUUCUUAACUUGCUAAAGGCAUUGUGGGAUGGAGGUGUCCUAUAUUUGCAUAUCUUGGAGAAGAUUAGAAGCUCAGAAAUGUUCUGGAAGCAUAUAUCAUCUAUUUUAGCAGUCCAAGUGAAGAUAAAUCUUUCAGCUAAAAAUAUGAAUGUUUCUGAUGUUCAAUGUGUCUCAUGCAGGUACAUGUGCCAGGGUGCGGUUUUGGACAUUUUGUCUCGUGAAUUGUUCUUAUGGGAAAAGACGACACUGAAUGAAACACCUGAAAAAGAAACUGCUUUUGGUAAUUCAAAAGAGCACAGCGAAAAUAGAUCAAACACUGAAACAUCAAAGUCGUCAGAUGUGUCACAUCCAAGUGAAAUUCUGCCAACUUGUUUUGUAACUUCAACCAUUGAUAAUCUUAUAAGAGCAUACUCAUCUAGUGGAUGUGAUAAGGAGAUUAUUCUCCGUGCCAAGAUGGCAGUCUGCAUGUGCAUUGUGCAUUUGAUAGUUAGAUUAUCGACCAGUAACACUGGGAGUCUAUCAAUAUCAUUGGUUGAGAAGAUUUCUGCUAUCUCGAAUAAGCUAAGCAAACAUCCUGCAUUUGCAGCCCUUAUAGCACAGUAUUCAUCUUAUGGUUACAGUGAGAGCAAGCAGCUCACCCAUCUUAUAUUAAAUGACCUCUACUACCAUAUGCAAGGAGAGCUAGAAGGUCGGCACAUCAGUCUGGGUCCGUUUCAAGAGCUGUCACAUUUUUUAUUGGAAUCAGAAACCUUUCAGUGUAAAGUAUGCGAGUAUAAUGAGGAUGGAUGGCUACCUGCCAAUGCUGUUAGUAUGUUUGACACUACUCAAGUAUGCUCAGAACUUGGAUUGCAGUUAUGGGAGCACUCAGGUUGGAAGGCAUCAAUAGAGGUUGCUGACAGAAUGUUGCUACAUAUGCACGAAGCAAAUCUUGUUAUGUCUCUUUCUGUUUCUAAGUAUUCUGCUUUACAAUCUCUGGUAGCCAUCAUAUCCAUGCAGAACGGAAAGGUAUCAAAAAUAUUUGACACUGAGAUAUCCAGGACAUUUAUUGAGCCGUGCAUUAGAUUCACGUGUGAACGCCUGCAGGAAACAGAAGAUUCACUAAUUCCAGCUCUAAGCCCCCCAGAGAUUGUGCUGAAAGUUCUUGCUGGUCAAGCAGAAUUAUUGCUGUCUCUCUCCAAAAUCUUAUUUAGGCAGAAUUCAGAAAGGCGGAAGAAAUACUUGCCUCUUUCUUUGCUUAUAAUAAAAACCUCAGGCUUAGGCAUUAGGUUCCUUUCUGAUAUCCGGCCGCUAACUGAAGUCCUUAAGAAAACGAUGAAAUUCCUUUUCAUAUUGCUGUUGACAUCAAUGGAAUUCAUUUACCUUAAGGCACAUGGAGAAAAUACAUCAGUUGUAGAAAUUGAUCAGGUUGCUGAGGCGUCUCUCACAAGUAUUGCUCUUUUACCUAUGCUGUGCAAGUAUAUUGAGCACACUGAGUUCUUUGAUCUUUCAGUGGCGUCAAUAGAUUUAAUGUUGAAGGGUUUUCUGGGCUCUAACACUUCAUUGCCAAUUCUAGAGAGUCAUCUUCAGUUGCAGCAUAUCAUUCAAAGGAUUCAGCAGAAAAAUGCUGCAUUUUCUAUUCGCAUAACCUUGAAUUUCCUGUUAACCUUGGCACAAACCAAAACUGGUGCUCAAAUGCUUUAUGUUGGAAACAUAUUUUCAGCACUAAAGGUGUUGCUCAGUUACUCACUGGGUGAUAACUCUUUCACAAAUGCUUCCAACAGAAGUGAUGUUUCAGUCGUUAUCAACAGUGAUGAAAUCCCCAUGCAAUUGUGGGUACUUUGUUUAGCAAUAAUCACAUCUAUGAUCCAUUCGUUGGGUGAUGAUCCCUCUUGUACUGACAUUUUGGACAGGGCCAUUCACUACUUCUUUUAUGAGAAAGCUUAUGUUGUGUCACACUAUCUUUCUGUGCCAAGUUCUCCAUCUGAUGAUGACAGCAAGAAGAGAACUCAAAAUCAGAGUACAGGGACAUCCCUAACAUCUCUGAAACUAACCGAGCAGUUUCUUGAGCUUGUGUGUGUUCUUGCAGGGCAUCAGUCCUCAUGGAGCAAGGGUAUGAAAGAAAUUGACUCCGAACUUAGAGAGACAUGCAUUCAUCUUUUAGCCUUCAUAAGCAAGGGAAUUCAACGCAUUGGAGAUUCAUCAAAUAAGGCUAUGCUUCUUUUCUGCCCACCAACAUUAAAAGAAGAGAUCAAACUUAAUGAAAGACCAUCGUUUUCUGGCAGCAAACAGGGAUGGUUCAGACUUUGUGCAAUUGGACUACCAGGGAAAAUUAAAGCUUCCGGUGUUUCAAGCAAGGAUAUAGCCCUGGUAACUAAAUAUCAGGCCAAUGGGAAUGAUCUGGUCCACCAAACUCAUUUUUCUGAUACAGUAUCCGUACAGAUAUAUAGAAUUGCUUUUCUUCUUCUGAAAUUUCUUUGCAUGCAAGCUAAAGCUGCAGCACAGAGGGCGGAGGAGUUAGAGUUGUUAGAUCUUGCAUAUUUUCCUGAGCUCCCAAUGCCUGAGAUUAUGCAUGGAUUACAGGACCAAGUAAUUGCUAUCGUAGUUGAAGUGUGCGAAUCCCACAGACAAAAGUCCAUGCAGGCUGAAACAGAAAGUUUGUGCCUCAUGCUACUACAAAUAUUGGAGAAAUCAUUGUAUUUGGAGCUGUGUGUCUCACAAUCAUGUGGGAUCCGCCCAGUUUUGGGCCGCAUUGAAGACUUUUCCAAGGAGAUCAAGCUACUGAUGCAAGUGACAGAACAACAUUCAAAUUUUAAAGAAUCAUUGAGGUCACUGUAUAAGAUUAUUUCACUGGUGUACCCUGGAUUAGCGAGAAGUGGCAAUCCUAUGAAAUGUUAAAUGUAUAUUUCUGAGAUCGGUUUUAUUUUCAUGUAGCAAUUGUUAAUCAAUAGUCUACACUCGCACCCAUGUACAUGUAAAGAUUGGAUCAGGGAGAAACAUGACAAAUCUCAAGGUGAAAGCAUUAUUAAAUCAUUUUGGAAUGUAUUUAAGGCUUGAAGCUUACAUGUUGAUAUGUUACUGCUAUCUCUGUCGCCUGUA